UUUUCGCGCCGGCGCGAACGUAUUCGUACUUUUAAGUUUGAGUGGAAGGAUGAUUAGAUUUCUCCAUUUUUCGGUUUGCUAGAAUAAUAUUGUAACAUUUUUGAAUAGCAAUAUGAUUUAAAUGAAUCUAUUUAGUUUGUGUGUGUCUCUUAUUGUGCUUCAAAAUGAACAUUUUGUGUUUAUGAUUUGUGUAUUAAUCUAUAAUCAAUACAUUUUACAGUGAUUUCAUAACCUGACAUAAUUGCAAUAUUUAAAUAAUGGGUUCUAUUGUUCUUAAAAGUUUAUCUAUUCUAUUAGGAUUAUUCUUCAUUUUUAUGGGAAUAACAAAAAUUACUCCAUUUAUCUCCAAGGAAUUACACAAGGAAUUGAGAAAGGAAUACGUGAGGUACGCCAAAGUAUUUCCAUUGACUGAAACGUUAGACUUCAAAGUACCAUCGAAAUGGUACAGGAGAGCAAUUGGUUCGUGUGAGAUUCUCUUCGGAUUCGCCUUGGCAAUAAUACCACAUCAACGAACAAAGAACGCAGCCAACAUCGGUCUCAUUCUGCUGAUGCUGCUGGCAGGCUACUCCCACGUGAUGAUCAGCGAUCCCUUCGACAGAUGCGCGCCCACUAUUGUCUUCUUUUUCAUGCUCUGUGGAAGGCUUGUUGUAUGGUAUCAGACACAUCGCCGAGAAAUGCUCGACAAGUUAGCUACGGCGCAGAAUGGUAACGGUGUGAAGAGAGAUUGAUAUUAUUAUUUCGUCAUUCAGUAAAUGUAAGUUCAGUACUGAAACCCUGUGUACAAACGAUAUACCUAAAAUUAAUGUAGCAAAUUAAAAUAUCAAAUUAUAAUUAAAA